UUUGGCGGUCAAAAGGUUAAUGUCACUGCCCUGUUUUGACUUUCCAAUGUCAUCGACAAUGAAGAAAAUUCCGCUAAAAUGAAAAUAAAAAUGCAGUCGACUUGGACAUCAAAUUACAUCAACCGUUUGUUAACUCAACCAUUGCUUUAAAAACCGAUAGUGUGAUCACCAACGGGUCAGAGGCAUAGCCGGCGCGAGAUGGAGGGCGGGCGGCAGUCGCGGCUGUUGGGCCGGCUGCUGGGCCGACUGCGCGGAGACCACCACCGCCUGGACCAUAACUACUCACUCACCUCCACUGCAUGUAGCACGGACAGCGCGGGUUUCGCGAGCGCAAACGAGGAGGAGGAGGUGGAGGCGUCACCUCUGAGCCCCGUCGCCACCUCCUCCUGUGGGCCCGCGGACGAGGAGCAGUUCGCCGCAAACAUCGACCUCAGGUAUGGUGGACAAUACUUAACCCCGGAGCAGCUGCCCGAAUUCUGCAACCAGCUCCAUCACCUGGUGGAUGUCAUCAGGAACAUACAGUCAUACGCGAAAGUGACGGGGGAAUACCCAAGCGAGCUGGAGAAGCGGCUGGAGCAGGAGGCGCGCGAGGUGGCGGCGCUAGCGUGCGAGGCGCGGCAAGCACGCGAGGUGGUGGCGCGCACGCGCACGCAGCGCCGCGCACUGCACGCGCUCAAGAAGCAGCUGACCACACACCUCGCCACGCUGCGCCACACCGAGAUCCGCGAGCUGGAGGGCGCCGUCAGAGUCUCCGACCGCAAGCUGUACAAGAGCUGGGAGGCGCUCAAGGACUCCACGGAUCCUGCCGCUUUCGAGCCAUUACUAGAAGAAAUCAAGAGCAAGCAGACCGCGCUGGAGUGCCUCGUGCGUCUGAUCAACAACCGGCGCGCCAGCAUCUCCCGCGCCGCGCUCGCCCCGCACCCCCUGCCGCACCCCCUGCCCGCACCCCCGCGCGAUGACGAUGGUAACGUCAUUGUACCAUAGACAUCUUCCUGACAU